CGCCAGCAGAAAUGACGUCGAUAAAGUUUAGCGAACGUUGAGUCCGAACCGAGAAAAAUUCAAAAAAGAACAUCGGUGAACGCAUUGCUGUUUGGAUUCUGAAGUCGCUCUGCUCUGGCGUUAUUUGGACUGACAAUUAUAAGUUUGUUCGACUAUGCGCUGAUUGUUCUUUAAAUUUCAUUGGUUUGUCUUUCUUUUGUUUCGAGCAAAGAGAGAGAGAAGUGGGAAAGAAAGAAGAAGAUGGCGUCGAAAUUGGGGGUUUCGAGGAUAGGAAGUAGUUUCACGACACGAAUAUGCAGUCAAGUCGGACACGGCCUCACACGGAGUUACAUCUUACACACCAGAAGCUCAAUCUAUGACGGCGACGCAGGAUUCUACAGGUCUGGUGGACCACUGAUACAUCGAAUGCGGUUGGCUACGAUCAGCCAGGCGAUAUUGGAAUCCUUACAACAGCAUAGGGUGAUUCCGGAUGUGGUCGACAGCUUUGUUCCUUCGGCUCUUCUCUCGGUUGAUUACGAAAAUGAUCAUCACGCAGCACUGGGCAACACCCUCAAAUACAGCGAAGCCAAAGAUCAACCGCGAUUCACCAUAACCCCUAUCGACGAACCCGAAGUGGCGCCCUCUCCCUCUAUAUUUUCGCAAGCUCCAAAGUACACAAUCGUGAUGACGGAUCCAGAUGCAGUCGUGCAGAUCCCAGCUGCUGCCGAGAGUGCGAAGGAGACAGAGAAUGGGGCGGGGAGAGGACUCGUGCAGGGACACUUUGUGCACUUGGUGAUCUCUGGAGUGCAGCUUACUCCACUGGGAUCCACGCUUGAGCCAGCAGAGGUUGACAGUAAAAACGGUCAGCAUUUACUAGAAUACGUGCCGCCGGACGUGCCGGCCGUCAUCACCAGCUCAUCUACACAGAUCUCGUCGCCGUCGACGGUGACGAACGUCGACGGAAGCACGAGUCCGAGCCGGAGCAGCAGUGCAGGAUCAAAGACCGCGGCGCCGCCUCGGAGACAUCGAUAUGUGUUUUUACUGUUUCGGGAAGACACACGGCAGUCUCCGCGUCCGCCGGGCGCGAGGAUGCAUUGGGGAUUUGAGGAUGAGAGCACAGAAGAGAAGUUGAGCGAGACGGAUACAGCGGCGGCGCUGACGACGACGACGCGCAGGACGUCGGGGGCGAGAGAAUGGGCAAGGCUGUAUGGACUUACACUUGUCGGGGCGAAUUUCUUUUAUCUGGAAUAGAGGCUAGGUUAUCUUCCUUUCAUGUAUAUAUACACCAUCAAUCUACAGUCAUAUCUCUUGUGCAGUGCAGAGCCGUAGACUGUGAAUGCUGUAUUUCUAAAAUAGGAAUAAUUGAGCGUGAUCGACAACCACGAGCUUGGGCUUAACUUUGGAGGUGAUGUGAAUCGUGCCUGGGUUUGGUGGUAUCUGGACAUAUCCAAACGUCUUUAUUGUCAGAUGCUUACCAGAAUACAGCAGAUUCUCAUCUACUUUUCUACAGAAGAUACUGAUAUAAAAGACAAGAGUAAACAAACAACAGGAACGAGCGGGUUGUUUACAGAAGGUGUAUUAGGGCUGCCGUAGAAGGAAGAGAAAAACUCUAAAUUUGCCAGUGAACUUCGGACGCGACUCUUCUCGCACUCUCCUCGCCCGA